AUGUUUGAUUCACCUUCAGCACAUUGCAAAAUGCUCUUAUCUGUGGACAAAAGAUGGAUUAUUGGUAGUGAGGAAUCCAGCCAUUUCAAGGAGGAAGCAACACUAGGAAAAUAUUGUGCUGCAUUGGAUGAACUGGAAUGUCUGGUAGUUAUGAGAUUAUUUGAGCUUUCAAAGCUCUCAUUAUCGGGCACAGGUCUUGACAAGGCUUUACAGCAGCAUUCAGACACUAUUUGCAAUGCCAUCAAUCACUACAAUAUUGCAUGGAAGCACAUUGUUGACUACAGCUUCCUUGGCGAGUUUGACCUGUUGCACAACUCCCACACUGAUAUCCAAAGCCAUGAUUGGGCAAAGCCAGCUCAUCACAAAGCAACUACCAAGUAUUUCAAACUUUUUCAAGCUCAUGAAGAAAUCACACAACUCAAUGUGGAAGUCUGCUGCCUCCAUACUGCUAUCCAUGAUGAAACCGCUGAGACAUCUUUUGUCAUCAACAAUCUUCUCGUUUCUGACUCAUUGCUCGCUGCUGAGCUGAAAUCUCAGUGGCAUUCAUAG